AUGCCCUCCACCGCGCUGGCUCUGACGCCAAACCUCGCCUCGUUUCUCAAGUCGCUCAAGACUAAUCCCAUCGACACCUCCAUCGACAAUCUGAUAUCACUCCUCAAACGAAGACAGAUUCGGAACUCCCGAUCAUGCGCGACUGCAACCGCCUAUCUUCUACUCCGUGUUGUCUCUGCCUGCAGGACGACUGAUGCGGCCAAGUUGAUUGAACGGGUCCAGAAUGUGGGGAGGCGUCUGGUGGCUGCUCAACCCAGGGAGAUGGUCGUGGGCAAUAUCGUCAGACGCAUCCUGGGUCUUAUUCGUGAUGAGGCAGAAGGAGACAGAGAGGCUGAAUUUACUCUGAGUGAUGUAGGCUCGGAGAGUCAGCCUCACACUCCUCGUGCACACGAUGAUCCAUCAGUUCCCCAUGAUAUCCGUCAUGAGAGCUCAGAGUUUUCAUCCUCUCGACUACCGUUGACCUCCUCCUUGGCCCCCACUUCAGCUCCCAUUUCCAUGUUCAGUCUUCUCUCCCAUCCAGAGACCGACACCUCUCUUCCAGGUUCCCCCGCACAUGGGUCACCGUCGGGUAGGCCGCUGGAUCACCCCCCAAGUAAGGAUAUCCGUGCCGAAGUCAUAGAGGGUAUUGGCGAGAUCAUCGAUGAAUUGGGUCAGGUAGACGACCAGAUUGCUGCUUACGCCCUCGAUCACAUCCACUCUAACGAAAUCAUCCUCACGCACACCUCUUCCACCACUGUACAGAAAUUCUUGCUCAAAGCGGCUGCGAAACGGAAAUUCACCGUGAUCCACGCCGAAUCGUACCCGAAUGACCAUGAAGACGUUCAUAGGACCGUCAGUGGGAAUAACCACGGUGAUGAAGAAAGCCUGAGUUUUGAGGCCUUCCAGAAGCCUCUGAUCGAGCUGGGCAUCACCGUCAUUCUCAUCCCGGACUCAGCUGUUUUUGCGCUCAUGUCCCGAGUCAACAAGGUCAUUCUGGGCACUCACUCGGUUCUUGCAAACGGUGGCCUUGUUGCUGCCGCAGGGACAAGGGUGAUUGCCAGAGCGGCCAAGGUACAUCAGACCCCAGUCGUGGUAGUCAGUGGCGUGUACAAACUCAGUCCCGUGUAUCCUUUCGAUUUCGAAUCAUUAAUCGAGUACGGAGAUGCGAGCAAGGUUAUUGGUUUUGAGGACGGCAGCCUGGUGGAUCAGAUCGAUGUCCAAAAUCCAUUAUACGAUUAUGUUCCUGCAGAAUUGGUUGACCUUUAUAUCACUAAUCUGGGUGGCCAUGCUCCGUCGUUUCUCUAUCGUAUCGUUUCAGAUCACUAUCGCAGGGAGGAUAUUAAUUUCUAG